CGGGAGUGGAAAGAUGAAGGCAGCAAAAGAUACAUGUGCACUGGGCGGCCUGGCUGGUUGACUGUAUCACUGCGUGUUGGGAAGUACAAGAAGAUUCAUAAGAACAUUAUGAUCAACUUAAUGGAUGUCCUGGAAGUGGACAGUGAAAGACAGGUUGUUCUUGUGGAACCUUUGGUGACUAUGGGCCAGUUGACUGCAUACCUGAAUCCCAUGGGCUGGACUAUUCCUGUGGUACCAGAGCUUGAUGACCUUACAGUAGGUGGCCUGAUCAUGGGAACGGGCAUUGAGUCUUCAUCUCAUAUCUAUGGACUUUUUCAACAUACCUGCAUGGCCUAUGAACUUGUUCUUGCCGAUGGAAGCCUUGUGAGAUGUUCACCAACUGAAAACUCAGACCUAUUUUAUGCAGUGCCUUGGUCUUGUGGUACUUUGGGUUUCCUGGUUGCAGCAGAAAUUAAGAUGAUUCCUGCCAAGAAAUAUGUCAAAAUACAUUAUGAGCCUGUGAGAGGACUGCAGAAGAUUUGUGAAAAGUUUACCGAAGAAUCUAAGAAAAAGGAGAACAGUUUUGUGGAAGGACUCAUGUAUUCUUUGGAAGAAGCAGUCAUCAUGACAGGAGUCUUGACUGACGAACCUGAGCAAAGCAAGAUAAACAGAAUUGGCAACUACUACAAGCCGUGGUUCUUUAAGCAUGUGGAGAUGUAUUUGAAAGCUGACAGGACUGGAAUAGAAUACAUUCCCGCAAGGCAUUACUACCACAGACAUACACGCAGUAUCUUCUGGGAGCUCCAGGAUAUCAUUCCUUUUGGCAAUAACCCUGUUUUCCGUUACCUGUUUGGCUGGAUGGUUCCUCCAAAAAUCUCCUUGUUAAAACUCACCCAAGGAGAAGCUAUUCGAAAGCUGUACGAGCAACACCACGUUGUGCAGGACAUGUUGGUCCCAAUGAAGAGCCUUGAAAAAUCUAUCCAGACCUUCCAUGAUGACCUUAAUGUGUACCCUCUUUGGUUAUGUCCUUUCAUAUUACCCAAUAAUCCUGGUAUGGUCCACCCAAAAGGGGACGAAGCAGAACUCUACGUGGACAUAGGAGCUUAUGGAGAGCCCAAAAGAAAACAAUUUGAAGCCAGGGCUUCAAUGAGGCAAAUGGAAAAGUUUGUAAGAAGUGUGCAUGGUUUCCAGAUGCUGUAUGCAGAUUGCUAUAUGACCCGUGAGGAGUUCUGGGAUAUGUUUGAUGGUUCGUUAUACCACAAGCUGAGGGACCAAAUGAAUUGCAAGGAUGCCUUUCCAGAAGUGUAUGACAAAAUCUGCAAAGCUGCGAGGCACUAAGCCUCAGUGAUCUAAUCGAGCAAUCAGGGAAAGAUUAAUUUACCUAUAGCUAGUCAGUAUAUCCUUUAAAAAAAAAGCUUUAUUGCUCUCCAAAUAAGCUCAUUCUCGUUGAUGUUUAAAGGUAUGAAUUCCUGCUUUAUAAAUUUCUGUUUAGUCUUUCUUCAUAUGUUUUAAAACCAAUUUUCCAAACUCCAAGUGAUUGUUUUGAAGAAAUCUUAAGUGCUAGCCUUUGUAUCUAAUGUAGUGACAUAGGUGAAUUCACCCAUUUCCAAGCAUAAGAAGAAUUGGAAAGGGUGAAGAUACUGGAGUUACGCCAGCUGUGUACUGUAUCUAUAUUUAACGUUACUUUGGAAAAUGCUAAGGAGGGCUCAGAAAUAGGUGCCAAAGCUGAACGCGUUGUCGAAUUAACGAUGAUGUUAGAAACGUCUGCCUCCAGUC